AAGCAUCCUUGUGCUCAUACCCGCACUGAUCGCAGGCUGCGUUGUUAACAGCCGCUCCGAGAGGAACCUGCGAUGACCCUGCAAGUGGAAACCUGUUUUGGCGAGAGGGUGGUCCAACCAACCCGAGGAAAAAAUUCUCUGCUAAUGUCUUUUUAUUUACGGAAAUUAGGCCGAAAGGGUUGUCUGCCUAGUGGGCUGCCGUGUACUAGAUGAAACUGAGGUCCUAAAAAGAAGGGGCUGACGCAAGGUCACUCAGAUACAGAACCAGGCCCGGAAUCCCAGGCUCCCAAUCCAGAGCUGUUUUUGGUGGAGAAACAGCUGCUCCGGGCACACGUGGGAGGCUGGGGGAGGGGGUCUUGGACCCAAAUUAGCCGUGAAGAUGCUGUGCUAGCUGUCAGAGGGUAUUUAGAGCUGCGGGAGGGCUUUUGCGAUUGUGUGCUUUUUUUCUGCAACUUGCCUUCUGCGUGCUAAGUGGAUCCCGCUUCACGACGCUUACCUCAACCCGCAGGCUUUCACAUAAACCUUGAUGUUAUCUUGCUACCCUGGUAGUGAAAAAAAAUAUAAUUUAUAUUUUUUGCAUAACGGGGAUGUUCUGUCAUUGGAUAAUGGUUCCUUUUGCAUUCCCUUUCCUCUCAGAUGGUUUAUGGUGUUGGUCUAUCUCAUAAGGGGGUGAGGAAGCAUCAAGAUUAUCUUGAUAAUGGUAAUAAUAAAAUGGCAAUUCAGCAAGCAGAUAAAUUGCUGAAGAAACAUAAGGAUCUUCAUUGUGCUAAGGUUUUAAAGGCAAUUGGUUUACAGAGAACUGGAAAGCAAGAGGAGGCCUUUACUUUAGCACAGGAGGUGGCGGCCCUGGAACCCACAGAUGACAACUCACUGCAAGCGCUCACUAUCCUCUACCGGGAGAUGCAUCGACCGGAAUUAGUUACAAAACUUUAUGAAGCGGCUGUGAAGAAAGUUCCCAACAGUGAGGAGUAUCAUUCUCACCUCUUCAUGGCCUAUGCCAGAGUGGGUGAAUACAAGAAAAUGCAACAGGCUGGCAUGACUCUGUAUAAGAUUGUCCCCAAAAAUCCUUACUAUUUUUGGUCUGUGAUGAGCUUAAUUAUGCAAUCAAUAUCAGCACAGGAUGAAAACCUCUCAAAAACAAUGUUUCUGCCUCUAGCUGAGAGAAUGGUCGAAAAAAUGGUGAAAGAGGACAAGAUAGAAGCUGAGGCUGAAGUUGAACUUUAUUAUAUGAUCCUGGAACGAUUGGGAAAGUACCAGGAGGCCUUGGAUGUCAUUAGAGGGAAAUUAGGAGAAAAGCUGACAAGUGAGAUUCAGAGUCGGGAAAAUAAAUGCAUGGCUAUGUACAAGAAGCUGAGCAGGUGGCCAGAAUGCAAUGCCCUUUCUCGGCGCCUCUUACUGAAAAACUCAGAUGACUGGCAGUUCUAUCUGACUUAUUUCGAUUCUGUCUUUCGACUGAUUGAAGAGGCCUGGAGUCCUCCUGCUGAAGGUGAACACUCUUUAGAAGGAGAAGUGCAUUAUUCUGCAGAAGAAGCUGUGAAGUUUAUAGAAGAUAGGAUAACAGAAGAAUCUAAAAGUUCUCGCCAUCUCCGUGGACCAUAUCUAGCUAAACUGGAGCUGAUUAGACGUUUACGAAGUCAAGGUUGUAAUGAUGAGUACAAACUAGGUGACCCAGAAGAAUUAAUGUUCCAAUAUUUUAAAAAAUUUGGGGAUAAACCAUGUUGUUUUACUGACCUGAAGGUGUUUGUUGACCUCUUGCCUGCUACACAGUGUACAAAAUUCAUUAAUCAGUUACUUGGAGUUGUUCCUUUGUCAACACCAACAGAAGAUAAGCUGGCGCUGCCUGCUGAUAUCCGAGCUCUGCAGCAACAUUUGUGUGUGGUACAGCUGACGAGGUUACUUGGCUUGUACCACAUCAUGGAUAAAGAGCAGAAAUUGAGCGUCGUCAGAGAAUUGAUGUUAAGGUACCAGCAUGGCCUGGAAUUUGGGAAAUCCUGUUUGAAAACAGAAUUGCAGUUUUCUGACUAUUACUGUCUCCUUGCUGUCCAUGUGCUUAUUGAUAUAUGGAGAGAAACGGGUGAUGAGACUGCUGUGUGGCAGACCCUGACCCUGCUGGAAGAAGGAUUAACUCACAGCCCUUCCAAUGCUCAAUUCAAAUUGCUGCUUGUUCGAAUCUACUGUAUGCUGGGUGCAUUUGAACCAGUGGUGGAUCUUUACUCCAGCCUCGAUGCUAAACAUAUCCAGCAUGACACCAUUGGUUAUCUUUUGACCCGAUACGCCGAAUCUCUAGGUCAGUAUGCUGCUGCAUCCCAAUCCUGUAACUUCGCACUCAGGUUUUUCCACUCCAACCAGAAAGAUACCUCAGAAUAUAUUAUUCAAGCUUACAAAUAUGGUGCAUUUGAGAAGAUCCCAGAGUUUAUCGCUUUUAGGAACAGGCUGAAUAAUUCUCUUCAUUUUGCACAAGUUCGUACUGAACGGAUGCUGUUAGAUCUUCUACUUGAAGCAAAUAUAUCAACCAGUUUAGCAGAAAGUAUAAAGUCAAUGAAUCUUAGGCCAGAAGAGGAUGACAUUCCAUGGGAAGAAUUGAGAGAUAACAGAGAUUUAAAUGUUUUCUUCAGCUGGGAUCCAAAAGACCGGGAUGUUUCUGAAGAGCAUAAGAAACUUUCUUUGGAGGAGGAGACCAUGUGGUUAAGAAUCCGUUCCUUAACAUUGAGGCUGAUCAGUGGACUUCCAAGUCUUAACCACCCUGUGGAGCCAAAGAACUCAGAGAAGACUACUGAGAAUGGUGUCUCCUCCCGGAUUGAUACUCUGCGUUUGCUCCUUCAACAGCUAGAGGUGGCUGUAGAAACAGGAAAGCGAUUUAUUGAGAAGGAAAUUCAGUAUCCUUUCCUUGGUCCUGUACCUACCAGAAUGGGUGGAUUCUUUAAUUCUGGCUGUUCUCAAUGCCAGAUAAGUUCCUUUUAUCUUGUUAAUGAUAUUUAUGAGCUGGAUACCAAUGGUUUAGAGGAUACAAUGGCGAUACAGGAGCGAAUAGAGAAUAGCCUUAAGUCUUCAUUAGAACAGUUAAAAGAUGUCUUCAGUAAAUGUACAGGAGACCUCUUAGAAGUAAAAGGUGGUAAUUUGAAAACACACCCUAUUCUUUUAGAAAAUCUAGUCUUCUUUGUUGAGACCAUUUCCAUUAUCCUUUGGGUAUCUAGUUAUUGUGAGAGUGUCCUGCGACCAUUCAAAUUAAAUUUACAGAAAAAGAAAAAGAAGAAAAAAGAAACCAGCAUCAUCAUGCCACCUGUCUUCACCAGUUUCCAAGACUAUGUCUCUGGACUUCAGACUUUAAUUUCCAACGUUGUGGAUCAUAUUAAAGGGCUUGAAACACACCUAAUUGCACUUAAGCUUGAAGAACUUAUUUUAGAAGACACUUCUUUCUCUCCGGAAGAUAAAAAAUUUUCAAAGACUGUGCAAGAGAAGGUGCAGAGCAGUUAUCUGCACUCACUUCUAGAAAUGGGGGAGCUGCUGAAAAAAAGGCUUGAGACCACGAAGAAACUAAAAAUUUAAGGACAUAUAAACCAUAGGCACUGAUGACUCUUACAGCAGAAAAUGACAGUACCAUCUUCCCAGACAAAAGCAACAUCUCGUUGACCAUCAUUUUAAUCCAGAACUUCCUCAUAAAAUGCAUGAAGGACUUUGAUUGUGAAUUAAUUUUUUAGGUAUUAAAUAUAUACAACUGAUUAAAUUAUUGUAUAUAAACCAGAAGCAGGACCCUCAUCUGGGUUUGACCACUUUUUAUACAUGUUCAUAUACAUAUGGCAGCAACAAGAGUACCCUCCCCUUCCCUCCCCUUACCAGAAACAUCUGGCGGGGGUGGGGGGAGGGUAAAAGCAGCAAUAGAAAUUAAGUGUAAAGCAUCAACCUCAGAGCAGCUGAAUAGCCCUACCAUUAGAGCAAAGAGAGUUUUAGUCUGGUCAUGAGCCAUAGGAAGCAAAAGGCAUAGGUAGAGGGGGGAAUGUGAUUAGGAGCAGGCCCUUGUCUACAUUAGGCUUUCUCAGCUAUGUCACUCUCACAGAACUCCAGGCAAGUCCUCCUCUGAUGAGAUUGGGCAUAAGUACUAGCUCUGAAGGGCACUACGCAGAUGACCACAGGUGCUCACUUUUGACUUACAGUCUUGAUAGCCAAUAUGUCCCCAUCCCAGCUCCUGUGAGAGUGAAGUCUCAAAUAGAAGGCAAAGCUCUCUGAAUUUACUGCUGUUUAGAGGGGAAAGCAGUGCAGACCACUUAAUAAACCUGCUGAGGACUAGUUUGCUGUCGUUUAUCCAAUUGGGAAUCACUGUUUUAGAGAGAGGUGUACAUAAUUUAUACAGGUAAAUCUGAUAGUUCUUUCAUUGGUUUUGUGAGUUAUUCUGCAAUUGGUUUGAGUCAUUUAUAUAUAUA